AUGUCCUCCGAGCUGUUCGGCAACCAGGAUCCCUUCUGCGAGCCGUCUUAUUGCCAGGGCAUUGCGUCGCCUUACUAUUCAGACAGCCACCGCAAGCUUCGACAGUAUGUACGCAACUUUGUGGAAAACGAAUUGGCCCCCCAUGCAGAGGAGUGGGAGGAAGCAGGCAAGGUGCCGGCCGACCUGUUUGCAAAGUUCGUCGCGGGCGGGUUUGUAGGCCCAGGGAUACCCUGCAAAUAUCGAGGAGGAGCCAGAAUGCCGGCGGACAUCGAAGCAUGGGAUAUAUUCCAUGAGUUGAUUAUGAGCGACGAGCUCGCGAGGACACCCAGAUUGGGCCCCUUGUGGGCUGUCAGCUCGGGAAAUCGUAUCGCCUUGCCCCUCAUUGCAGCAUUUGGAUCAGAGGAGCAGAGGUCAACAUGGCUACCAGCAGCAUGUACAGGGAGAUCUCGCUUCUGCUUGGCCGUGACUGAACCGGAUGGUGGCUCCGACGUGGCAAAUCUGACCACGACCGCCGAACGGACUUCCCCAGAUCUGUUCAAGGUCAACGGUCAGAAAAAGUGGAUCACAAACGGCAUAUUUGCAGACUACGCAGUCACCGCUGUGAGAACCGGCGGGCCUGGGGUGAAAGGCAUCUCUGUGUUACUUGUGCCUCUCAAGGCUGAGGGUGUGCUGCUGAAGAAAAUGAGGAAUUCGGGAGUCGAGGCAAGCGGUAGUACGUUUAUCGACUUCGAGGACGUGGUUGUUCCAGUGGCCAAUCUGCUGGGUAGUGAGAAUGAGGGUUUCAAGGUGUUGAUGUCCAACUUCGACGCCGAACGCCUGGGCUUGGCCAUCUCGGGACUGCGGGUUGCUCGCACCUGUCUCUCAGAAGCAUACACGCAUGCAACUUCUCGGCGGACUUUCGGCAAGUUUUUGAUUGAGCAUGAUAUUAUCCGGGCGAAAUUCGCAGAGCUCGCGCGUCUAAUCGAGGCGCAACAUGCCUGGCACGAACAGCUCUGUUUUGAGGUCAAAACAAACGGCUACAAAGGAAUCAGUGGGCGGAUUGGACUUGCCAAAGUCCAGUCAUCACUCAUCCUGGAGAGAGCCUGCCGGGAAGCCCAACAGGUAUUCGGCGGUCUGGCAUUCAGCAAAGGCGGGCGUGGAGGAGUCGUCGAGCAGAUUGCGAGGGAUCUGCGAGUUUAUGUUGUGGGAGGAGGAUCUGCCGAAAUCCUGGAAGGCCAAGGUUUCAAGCUAGAGAUGAAAGAGUCGGCGCGGAGAAAGGAGAAAGAGAGGGCUGUCAGCAAGCUAUAA